ACCCAUUCGAAUUCAAACGACGCAAAAUUAACGCAUCGUCAAACUCACAAACGAAAAAAGUAGCAAACAGUACUGAAAAAUUUUAUCAAAGUGAAGCAAAGGCUGCGAGAUUUAGACAAGCCCCAAGGUUAAAUAAACGCUGAUAUCUAGUAUGUUUAGAACUAUUUGAAGAAAAAGUCGUAAGCAACUUCCAUUAAUUGACCUAUUUUUAGCACCGGAUGAACCACUCCAACAACCACAAAAUCGGUACCUCAUGGCGCAAUCUUUUGUCACGUUCCCAAAAUACUCACUUAUUUCCCAAAACUUUAACACUAAACUACCGCGCAAUAUUCUUCGGUUCUUCCCCCAGUUACCGAUCUAUAUAGAAGCUCGGCAGCACUGGUUCAAUUUAGUUGCCAAUCAAACCGCCCAGCAUCAACACUGCCAGAUGUACAAGUCCGUGAUAGCCAUAGUGACCUUAAUAUUGAUCAUCCUCUCCGUCGUGUUAGCGAUGUUGUUAAACAAAAGUGAAGAUUAUUGUAAAAAACGCGAUCGGCUGCUAGCCGAGGAAGACUCGGCUUUCCUCGGGGCGAACCUCACUCUCACGAGCACCGAACUCAAAGUGGACAAGAUUUUGCUCGAGUUGAAGACAACCGAACUCGGUUUAGGUUACAAAAAUUCGUCGGAGUUUCUCCCAGCGUUGCCUUUUCACCGUGCCAAAGAACGAAUCGACGAGUCGAAGGUGUUCGGUUUCAUCCGGAAACUACCCAAAGGGGGUUCGUUACACACCCACUUGUUGGCAGCCGCUUCUGUGGACUUCCUAGUCAAAAACAUCAGCUACAGAGACGGUUUGUACGGUGGCGAAGUCAACGGUGUGUUCAAACUCAAGUUCAUGGACGACCCGCUGAAAGACAACCGGACGAAAUGGACUUCCGUUAAAGAUCUGCGACUUCAACAAGGGUCACAACGUUUCGACCAGUGGCUGCUAGAACAACUAACCCUAACCCAAGACUUCCCGAGUAUAGAAACCGCUUGGACCAAAUUCAAACGCAUCUUCACCACCACGUACGACCUCUACUCCUACAAACCCGUGUUUCAAGAGUACAUCCAGCGAGUCCUGCAGGAACUCUACGACGACAACGUCAUGUACACAGAGCUCAAAGGCACGAUCAUGAUUUUGUACGACCUGGAUGGCACAACAUACUCCAAACAGGACUUUUUCCGGAUUUUUCAAGCCGCGGUUGAGGAGUUCAAGAGCAGCCACCCCAAAUUCGUGGGAGUACGGUACAUACACUCGAUUUACCGAGGCGUAGAUUUCGACACACUUCAACAAGGCCUGGACGAAAUCAUCGCGAUGAAGAAACUCUUCCCUGAUUUUGUGGCAGGUUUUGACUUCGUGGGGUUUGAAGAAGAGGGGAAAACGUUGCUGGAUUACGCCCCGCAGCUUCUGCAAGCGCAGAAGUACCUCAGGUUUUUCUUCCACGCUGGGGAGAGCUCGUGGUUUGGACACACAGAUCUUAAUUUAGCUGACGCCCUACUGCUGAAUUCCUUCAGAAUCGGUCACGGUUUUGCUAUUACGAAACACCCGAAGCUUCUAGAUUUUGGGAAAGAACACGACAUACCUCUAGAGAUUUGCCCCAUUUCUAAUCAAGUACUUAAGUUGAAUGAAGACCCGCGGAAUCACCCUGCGGCUACCUUGAUGGCUUUGAACUAUCCUAUUGUUAUAGGUAACGACGAUCCCUCGAUUUGGAAUGCUACAGGUUUGAGCUACGAUUGGUACGUUGUCUUUAUGGCGAUGACUCCGAAGAAUAAAGGGCUUGAGGUUUUGAAGCAGCUGGCGAUUAAUUCGAUUCGGUAUAGCGCGAUGGACAAGGAAGAGAAGAAUGAUGCUAUGAAACGAUGGCAACAACAGUGGAAUAAUUUCUUGAUUGAUAUUUUGCUCCAGGAUGAUAAGCGAGGGCUUUAGUCAUGUCUGCCAAGCCCUAUUAGUCAUAAUUAACGUUAGAGAUUAUUUAAGAUGAUACUGUAUCACCUGAUCUGUACCAUGACUUAUUUAUUUUCUUUAGAAUUAGGAAAUUCCAAGAUCGAUGUACUUAACGACUACUCAGUUUCCUGAUUCUUCUAUUUGCCGAAUUAGUAUAAUAUAAUAUUUAGUAACUGAUA